AUGGUCGAGCCAUCGAGUAAGAAGCGUAAGGUUGAGACGAACGGUCAUGCCCCUUUGAAGAAGCAAGAGAGCUUCUCGUCGGUGCUACAACAGCUGGAAGCUGAGGAAGAUGCGGGUGGAGAAUCUAUCGAGACGAGCGCUGCUUGGCCAAGGCCGCCACUACCGCGAUUACGACCACAAACUGACUCCAUUGCCUUUCAGCAGAUUGAAAUUGAAGAAGCCAGUGAAGCGAAGCUUGGUCCGACGUUACGCCUGUUCGGUGUGACCCAGAAUGGGAAUUCAGUUCUGGCUCAUAUUCACGGCUUCAAGCCGUACUUCUACGUCGCUGCCCCGAGCGGCUUUCUCAACAAAGACCUUGAUCCGCUGAAAGACAUGAUCAAUAGUACUGUGACAUCUCUAGGUCCAGCUGUCCAUAGCUGUAUUGUUGUGAAUCGGAAGUCGCUUUGGGGCUACCGAGGAGAUGAUCAGGUACCCUUCAUCAAGAUCACAUGCACCGAUCCCAAAAAUUUGCCGAAAGUCAAAGGUGCUUUCGAGAGAGGUCAGAUCGACUUCAAUGGACUGUUCCCUCCGGAAAUCAUGACGUAUGAAAGCAACAUCGCUUACACUAUGCGUUUCAUGAUUGAUACUGGGGUGGUGGGAAUGAAUUGGGUGGAAUUACCAGGAGGGAAAUAUGAGGUUCUUGAAGGCUCUGAAAAGCGGUCAUUGUGCCAAAUUGAGGUCAUGGCGGAGUACAAAGACCUCAUAUCCCACGCACCAGAAGGCGAAUGGUUGAAGAUCGCGCCCUUACGAAUCAUGAGCUUUGAUAUCGAGUGCGCCGGUCGGAAGGGUAUCUUCCCAGAGGCGCACAUAGAUCCGGUCAUUCAAAUAGCGGCGAUGGUAACGCGUCAAGGAGAGAGCAAGCCUUUCGUCCGAAAUGUAUUCACCCUCAAUACGUGUGCCCAUAUCGUCGGGUCGCAGGUGUUGGAGUUCAAGGACGAAAAGCAAUUAUUGAUAGAGUGGCGCAAGUUUGUGCAGGAGGUGGAUCCUGACAUGGUCAUUGGUUACAACAUCGCCAAUUUCGACUUGCCAUACUUGCUGGAUCGGGCCAAGGCAUUGAAAGCACAAGAGUUCCCGUUCCUCAGCCGGCUUAAGGGUCAGAAGACUGAGGUCAAGGAGACACAUUUUUCGUCAAAAGCAUAUGGUCAAAGAGACUCAAAAGCUGUCAAUAUGGAAGGCCGGCUACAACUCGAUAUGCUCCAAGUGAUGCAGAGAGAUUACAAAUUACGGUCAUACACGCUCAACGCCGUGUGUGCACAAUUUCUAGGAGAGCAAAAGGAAGACGUACACCACUCCAUCAUCACUGAACUGCAGAAUGGUACAGCCGACUCACGCCGUCGGCUGGCGGUUUACUGUCUCAAGGACGCUUAUCUUCCUCAAAGGCUGCUCGACAAACUGAUGUCAUUCGUUAAUUACACCGAAAUGGCUCGUGUAACCGGUGUGCCUUUCAAUUACCUUCUCACUCGAGGGCAACAGAUCAAAGUCAUUUCACAGCUGUUCCGUGCCUCCGCGGACUCUGGAUACAUCAUCCCGGCUAUGAAGAGCGAAGGAUCCGACGAACAGUACGAAGGAGCGACCGUCAUCGAGCCCACGAAAGGGUAUUACGAUGUUCCCAUUGCCACUUUGGAUUUUGCCUCACUAUAUCCAUCGAUCAUGAUGGCGCAUAACCUGUGUUACACGACACUGCUGGACAAGGGCACGAUUGAAAGAUUGAAGCUGGUAGAGGGAGAAGACUACGUGCAUACGCCCAAUAAUGAUUAUUUUGCGACGACCAAACGACGAAAAGGGCUAUUGCCGACAGUACUACGAAAUCUUUUAGACGCUCGAAAACGGGCCAAACAAGAUCUCAAAGUCGAGAAAGAUCCUUUUCGACGUGCUGUCCUUGAUGGUCGACAAUUGGCCCUGAAGAUCUCAGCCAAUUCAGUGUAUGGUUUCACCGGUGCAACAGUGGGAAAACUGCCUUGUCUUGCCAUUUCAUCUUCCGUCACAGCCUUCGGUCGACAAAUGAUAGAAUUCACCAAACAGCAAGUGGAGGCGGAGUUUUGCGUCGCAAAUGGGUAUGAGAAUGAUGCCAAGGUGAUAUACGGUGACACUGAUUCCGUCAUGGUUCGUUUUGGUACCCCUGACUUAGCAACCGCUAUGCGUCUGGGGGCUGAAGCGGCGGAGCUAGUCUCCGCCAAAUUCAUAAAGCCUAUCAAACUGGAAUUCGAAAAGGUGUAUUUUCCAUACUUGUUGAUCAGCAAAAAGAGAUAUGCGGGUCUGUACUGGACAAAGACGGAGAAGUACGAUAAGAUGGAUACGAAGGGGAUAGAGACCGUGAGAAGGGACAAUUGUCGAUUAGUGUCGACAGUCAUAGAGACAUGUCUUUUCAAAAUGCUUAUAGACCGUGAUGUGAAAGGCGCGGAGGAUUAUGUGAAAUCAACUAUUUCGGAUUUGUUACAAAAUAAAAUCGACAUGUCGCAACUGGUCAUCACCAAAGCUCUGGCUAAAGCUGACUACGCGGCAAAACAAGCACAUGUAGAGCUAGCAGAAAGGAUGAAGAAGCGUGAUGCCGGUUCUGCCCCAGCAUUAGGAGAUCGAGUAGCCUACGUGAUUAUCAAAGGUAUCAAAGGAGCUGCAGCCUAUGAAAAAUCAGAAGAUCCUCUUUAUGUUCUAGAACAUAAUGUACCGAUAGACACAAGAUAUUAUUUAGAAAAUCAAUUAAGUAAACCUUUGAUGAGAAUCUUUGAACCUAUCUUAGGGGAGAAAGCGAAUACUUUAUUAUCUGGAGAACAUACGAGGACUAUUCAAAUUGCUACUCCGACAGUUGGAGGAUUGAUGAAGUUUGCAGUGAAGACGGUCACAUGUCUAGGGUGUAAGACACCUUUGAGGAGUAAUAAAGAAAGCGCGGUAUGUAUCAAUUGUCGAUCUAAAUUACCCGAAUUAUAUGCCAAACAAGUCGCACAAACCUCCACGUUACAAAUUGAUUUCGCAAGAUUAUGGACACAAUGUCAAAGAUGUCAAGGAUCUUUACAUCAAGAUGUUAUUUGUACAUCUGCCGAUUGUCCUAUAUAUUAUAGACGUACCGCUCGACAAAAAGAGGUAGCUGCGAGUGUUAGUCAAUUGGAUAGGUUUGAUAAGGAAGAAGUUUGGUGA